GUUGAUUGUAGUUUACUCGCAUGAUUGUGGCUAAAUUAUUGUUCUCCUUAAACCCACUGUCUACUCCUUGUGGAGCGCUGAUCUAUAUAUUCUGAUAUCCUUGCUCCUUUACAAGGUGGUGUAUGUGUGGUUAAAGAUUCCUCUUUCAAAUUCAGACUUGUCCUCAUUAUUCUCAGAUUAACGUACUGCAUACGUAGUUCGUCAAUAAGAUAUUGAGUAACCGCUCAACUUACAGCAGCUUUUGGGAAUCUAAAAGCGUUUAGGUACUCCUAGACUUUAUUUUGGUUUCCUGGUAAUACCCUCACGCAUGUCAGCUUCCAUGUGAUGUGAAUAGGAUUGUUACUCAUUAGCUCUGAGGCAAAAAUUGAGUAACUACGAUUCUCAAGUUACGGUAAGGUGAAGUUUUUUCUAAGAAACCCAAGACACACAUCCACCUCAGUUAACGAGUGGUAGGCAAACAAUACAUUGAAAGUGCUGGUUCAGAAAUUUUCGUUACGUUAUAUUUGUUUAUUAACUUUGUGUAUUUUGGACCCACCUCUGACUGAGCACCAUGCAUUUUGAUAUCUCCGUGUUCAUCUUAGUCUGGUGGUCACAAGUUCUGUGAUUACUCGCUUUAUUGCUUAUAAUUAUAAUUACCCUUUCAUGUUACCAAUCAUAUCGGAUGACAGUCUUGGUCUUACACCGUAUUUAGUCCCGUUCUCAGGUCUUAUGUUAAAUAAGUCGAAGUGGACUUCUCGAUCUGAAAGCACUGCUUCAGUUAACUAGAUGGUUCACAGAUCCUCUCGAAGCAUUACCAGCAUACAUUGGAACCGAAUCAGCAGUACUGAGAUUAAGCGUAGGAUGCUUACUAGACGACGACAUGUCAUGUAAUAAGGUAGUGAAUCUUCAACUGAGAUGUUUAGGACAUGUAUUACGUAUGCUUAAUCAUAAUUAACGGUGUUAUGGUGUAGAAGGAGGAUGAAAGAAGGUUAUAGGCGGUCGAGCCAAAACAUUUUAUUAGUCUAUGAAGUUUCUGACCGUCGAACUGAACAACGUCGGUAAAUGUAGACCAUGUGGUUUGGGUGCAGACAAUUUUCGUAACUAUUGGUGUAAGUAUUGGGUGGAAUAAUUAAGAAUUGAUCACAAUGGCGCGGAUGCACUUAAUUUUUGUUUUCUCCUGGAUUUCAAGUCUCGAAAUCAUAUUUUUUUCUCUGUACCUAGUUUUUCCUGCUGCUACUGGUAUUUUUGUGACUUCUACUUGUUUGGGGUUUGUCUUCAUAAUUUUAUCUCACUAUGCUCAUAUAGUUUGGCAGCUUGGACCCAACUUCUACGUUGCAUGCAUCUGCUGACUAACUAGAUGAAGCACAUGCAUUUUGUAUUACCUUUACUUCAUGUUUGUUUUGUUAGACGACAUUAAAUUUCUUUUUCGACAUUAAAUUGUGUACAUUAUUGUUUUCAAUUAAUAAUUUUUUACUUAUUUACAGUACUCAACCAAGUGUAUACAAAAACAAGAAGGAAUUGUGCGAAAGUCAGUCAACAGAAGUAAUAUCUUGAAAUGAAUGCAUACGACAAAACUAAAGAUAAUGUGCACUUGUCACACUUAUUGGGAUAGUAUUUCUAUACUUCGGUAAUUAGUUUACGUCAUAGUUCACUAAAAUGACUAGUACUUGGUAAGUCUGUCAGUUACUGACUUUGUAAGUUGCAUUUGUUUAAAACAGCUGACACAUACUGUUCCUCAGUAAAUGAAACACAAGCUGCUGUCAUAAUCUUAUGUUAGUGUACAUCUUUUUAAUUACGAUUAUCCUUGUACACACGUAUAUUGCCUACCACAUAUAUUCUCCAUAUUUUACAUUAGCGCAUAAAGAAGGGAUAUGGUGUUGCACGUGGGGUCAAAAUCGCAGCAAAAAUAAACAGUUCAUUAUCACAGGUUCGUUAGAUAAUGGCCUUAUCGCCUGGGAGUGGACUAAUAAUCAGCUGAAAUGUCUUCACCACUUUGAGGGACACAGACUGGGUGUGAUUUCAGUUGACAUAAAUUCUACAGGUACAUUAGCGGCAUCUAGUAGUCUUGAUAGCCAGAUUAGCACGAACUAUGUUCAGCAUGAAAUAUUGUCACAGCUUCAUGUAUGUGAGUUUUUAAAAGUAAAUAAUCAAGUUGGUGUACAAAGCAAUAUUUAA